AUGGCCCGAAUUCACUGCGCAAAUGCGCAAUCCACCGUCGCAUCCUUCAUACAGCUUGCACAACGAAGCUACUCAACAAAAGCUGCCCAGGCUUCGGCACCUCUCGAGUUCCUUGUCCCGCGAUGCACUCCGCCAUUUGGCCUCCGAGCUCCUCAAUUAUACGUCACACACUCUAGAGCAUAUGCCCAUCCAAGACGGUCGUUGGGUUCCAGAUCACACGAGAUAUCGACACGGCAAUUCUCGACUUCCGCUGUCCGACAAAAGACACAGGCUAUACUGAAUCCCCAGCAAGAUGAGGAUGGAAAUGAGAUGCUGCUAGAGAUCACCGACCGAGCUGCAAAGCGUCUCAACAAGAUCAUGGAUAAGGAUGGCAACCCAAAUCUUGCCUUGAGGAUUCAAGUUGAGAGUGGCGGUUGCCAUGGCUUCCAAUAUCUCAUGAGCCUUAUUACCCUACCAGCCAAAGAGACUGCCGAAUGGUCAUCGAUUGUUAACGAAGACGACACGAUUUUCCAAUAUGUCCCAGACGACGCUGAUCCGGCUAUUGCCUCGGAAGAUGGACCGAAGAUUAUCCUCGAUGAGCCAUCUCUCGAUCUACUCAAAGGUAGCAAAGUGGACUUUACAAUGGAGUUGAUCGGCUCGCAGUUCAAGAUUGUCGACAACCCGCUUGCUACGAGCAGUUGUGGAUGCGGCACAAGCUUCGAUAUCAAGAUGUAA